GCCCACAGAAGGGCCAAAGCACAAGAAGCCUACCCAUCAUCAAAGCAAGCCCCAAUGCAAGAACUCCCUUUCUAUUCAGUUCUUCCGUACGUCUUGGAUGUCCUUGAUGCGGGUUCAGUUAGCCGAUCGACCAUCAAUCAACCGACCUUAAUGCAUUCUGAUCUACUCAAAUCAAAGAGGAAAGUGAAUUUUGAACUGCCUGAGAUCAAAAGCGAAGACUACUUCACAAAGAUCAGAAUCUGAUUCUAAGAAAUUGCGAGUUCGACUUCUAAAAGACUUCCCCAACUUUCAAAGUCUUGCCAGGCGUAGAAGGAGUUGUUCUCUUUUCUAUCUUUCUUCUUUUCAGACUAUCUGACUGUGAGGAUUCCCCCUUGUAUUCCCCAUAGGCUAGGAAAGGUUAGUAAUAGGCUCAACUAUCAGUCUUGUAGCUAGGCAGCUCAGUAUGGUAUGAGGAUCGAAGGGAAGCUAAGAAUGGGGAUGGAUGCCCCUAGUUCUUUCAUGGAAUUAGUUGGAAUUCAUAGCUCCGACAGGUCCGAAGAUGGGACUAGAUAGAACUGAAAUCUGAGGAAGGUUUUUCCUGGGAAGGAGAAGACGAGGGAUCUUUAGUGCUAUGGUCUGGUGGAGAACUCGGAUGAGAACCUUGGAGGAAGAGAAUGUCUCGCUACGCUUCGAUGACGCGUAAGAUCUCUUAUCAUAAAGAUGAGGGUCAAAGAAUGAUCGGCGAGUUUCUUAUCCGAAAAGGAAUGCCACUAGUUCCACUAUCAGCUUGCUUCUCCUAAUGCCAACUGCAAUGAAAGAUAAGGUCAAUGCAUUAAAUAAUAGGUGGAAGCUCUUCUCUAUCUUGAGUAAGGACUGUAUCAAGUCUUAUCUUUUUUGAGUUGAGAAUGAAACUACCACGGACCGGGAAGUUUGAACGUCAAAAACAGUAUUUUAGGGCUUACUGGAUACGCGUUGACUUGUAAGAAAGGAGUAUCUUCAUUUUCGGCCAUAGGCUUGAUCUUUCUGGGAGUCUAUUUGGCUUAUCAUGAAAGAUCGUAAGUUCAGACGUAGCGGUAGGCAGCAAGAACUAAAGAAAGAAGAACUGAUUCUACUUCAACUUCCACAAUUGAAGCCACUGAAUUCAACUUCUCAUACUCAAUCUUCUUCAUGCCACGAGGUGAGCUUACUCUUUGAGUUCUGCCGACUCAUGAGGUCCCCUCCUUCCUUUCCACUGGGAAGGCAGACUGGGACUUAUUCAACUCCUUCUCCUACCACUUCGAAAACGGAGAUUCAACCGCUACGUGGGUGACCACUCAGUGAAACUUCUCAUUGUUCUCGCUUGCUGGUGGAGAUACUUCAUCCCUUGAUUCUAGCUCCUCUCCAAGGCAUCCUUAUUUUGUUCUUUCAGAUAUAAGAAGAUGCGAAGCUCUGAUCUUUCUUUCUCUUAAAGAAGUGAACUAAUAAGUAGUAUGAUUCUCUGAAAGUUGAAUCAGAUAUAAUCUUAGAUUCUAGUAGUAGCAAUGUCUUCCUCUUUCUCAACUCCUACUCCGCCUUGCUUUUGUAUGAUAUUCGCUCUUUUUUUCUUGUUAGUGGAUUGAAGAGAGUCCUUCGCAAAUUCUUUUCUUUUCUUUGGUUCAAAAAGAGGUGAAUGAGAAGAUGAUGUGAUCCACUACGCCUUUCAACCUUGAUCCCUUAUUAGGAGUGGAACUCAGUCAAUUCCAUAUGAACCUCCGGACGAGUCAGAAAUCCAUAUUCAUCUUCAAGGUGCGAAGGUACUCUACGUUUCAGAUAUAGGAGAGGUGAGAAGAAUGAUCUUUGAAUUUUCAAGCUCAUUCCUUAUUCUUCCAAUGUUAAGGAGUGCAAGUUGAGCUACUAAAUAAGGUGCGAAGCAGCUCGACUAAGAAGGAGUCAAUGAAGAAGGGCGUAGCUUAUGUAAACGAAUCAAUUCACAAGUCAUUGAAUAAAGUCAACUCAGAAUGGAAGGAGUUCAAGAGGUCUUCAGACUCCGCUCCAAAAACAAAGGUCCUCAAUGAACAAGGAAUCCAUUAGAAUGCAGCGAAGGACUCAUUCAUUCCACAGGUUCAUAUGGAAUUUCAUGACUCCCAAUUCAGUCGCCUCCUCCUACGGAGCCUGAUUUUCCACUCAAAAAAGUCCGAAGGAGGGACGGAAGUAGCUCGACCAUAGGAAGAGGGACGUAGGACCACUCAAACUUAUGCUCCGCUCCUUCGUAGUCUUCCUUUACCUUUCAUUCUUCUUCUCUUUAUUCAAUGAUCAUUCAAAGGCGAACUUUCAGUCGCUUCGCUUCGCGCCUUACGGAGCCUUUGUUUUCCAGCUUUCCCUUUCCAGCGGAGGGAGCGGACACCGGAACCUUAUUUCCACCAACGGGGGGAUAUAUUCCCACCAACGGAGGGGAGCGGACACCGGAAGCGUAGCGGAUCGGUGGCUUCGCCCUUUACAUUUUCAGCCUAGCAAGGCGCAAAGAAUUUGCGGGCUCUCAUCUCAAACUGUAUGAUUCAGUCGCUCCGCUACGGGGUAGCUUUCGCUCCAAGAAGAUCCAAGCAGAUUCAGUAGCUACGCUCCGGGGCAAUCCAAGCAGAUGAAGGAAGUCGCUCCGCUCCCUCUGGCUCCGGGCAGAUUCAGUAGCUACGCGUAGGGAAAGGAAAGCAGAUUCAGUUUCAAGAGCAGAUUCAGUCGCUACGCUUAAGAGCUAUCAGAUCGAUUAAGCUAUCAAAUCUCUUAAGAAAGAAAGAGAAAAUCGAUAAAGGAAAGAGAUUAAUACAAGAGAUCAAAGAUCUCGAGAUUCUCAUAUAUAAACAAGAAAAGAGAUAGAUUUCGAUUUUCUCGUAAGAAAGAGAGAGAAAAGAGAUUAAGAAAGAUAAAGAAGAAAAGAGAUCCAGAUGUGGGAUGAAAUCGAGAAAGAAAAGAGAUUCAGAGGGAUGAAAGAAAGAAAUCUCUAAAGAAAAGAGAUAGAUUUUCUCGUAAGAAAGAGAGAGAAAAGAGAUUCAGAUAAUUCUCUUAAGAAAGAAAGAGAAAAGAGAUAGAUUUUCGUAAGAAAGAUAGAUCAAAUCUCUUAAGACAGAUCGAUUAAGAGAGAGAAGAAAUCUCUUAAGACAGAUCGAGAAAGAAAAGAGAUCCAGAUGUGGGAUUCCUCAAAUCGAUCAAGACAAUCGAUUAAGAUAAUUCUCUUAAGAAAGAAAGAGAAAAUCGAUAAAGGAAAGAAUCCACUAACAAGAAAAAAAGAGCUUUUCUCAUACGAAAAGCAAGGCUCCGUUAGGAGUUGGGAAGUAGUACGCCCGGUUCACUAGGUUCUACCAGGCCCAAUCAUACAAAAAAUCUGACUUUGAAAUCAAAUCUCGCGUGAGUGAAGAAGAAAAAGACAGAGGGGAGUUGGACAAGACAAUAUUUUGAGAUUUCGAUGUGAAAGUGAAAGCAGAGGAUUCUAUCCAUUUUUCCAGCAAUUCUCCUUGAUUUUUGGGGACCUGAAGGCAAAGAUUGAAUCAUGGGUAUAGGGGGGUGGGGGAUUCUCGGACUGAGCUUUUUUUUUCUUGUUCUCUUUAUUCGGAUCUUUCAUCUUUAUGAAAAAGAUUUGAAAAAAAGAUCUUUUUCCCUUUUUCUUUGUCUUUAUUUCCUAAUUCUUUCUUUCAUCUCGCUCUUCCUCUACCUGCUACGUCUCCAUUUUUCUACUCUUUUUUAUAGUUAUAGUCUUUUGUGUGGGGGCUUUCUUAUCACUUAUUUUGAGAAUCCUUCUUCUUCGACUUAUUUUGAUAAUCCUUCUUCUUCGGAGGAUUCCUUCGCCCUCCAGGUCCUCUCGGAACCUUGGCCCGUGACUCCAAAUACGGCAGAGGAAACCUCCCUUCAGAAUCGAAUCCGAAGAUUGGAAGAGGACGAUUCAAUUUUCCUCCUGGGAAAAGCCCCGGGGCUUUUCUGGACUGACUGCAUCCAGAGUCAGCUUUAUUCGUAUUCCACUCAAGAGGAAUACUCUUUCUAUCUGGAGUUCUCGAAAAGAGAUCUCGAAAUUAGGGAGCUAAAAAACUCCUCUUAUUCGUUGUUCUCUUUGUUUCUGAAUUUUGACCCACACCUGAGUGAAGAGGCCCCUUACAAUCCGAGGGAGUGCUUUCUCGAUUUCUUGGAGGAGUGGAACCAUGAAAUGUCCAGAAUCCCCGGGUUGACGGUAGAAGAAAGACAGAGAGAAGAAAUAGAAUUCCUGCAAGAAGUUUUCAAGGAUCUCCGAAAACAUGGACCAAAAUCCUAUUACAUCUUUAAGAUUCUUCAAAGCUAAAGCCCUAUAAUAUAAUGGAAGAAAUGCUUCAAGGGCUUUCUUUAGCUUUUCUGAAUCUAUGGAAUUCUCAGACUCUGCUCUGCUUCUUUCUUUGCGGGGUUUCGGACAUGCUUUCUUCACUUCAAACUUUUCUUUUUCGGUAUGCCGCUCCCUGCCCUGGGAAGAAGAAGGCACGAGCUCCGCGAAAACAAACAAAAGGGGGGGAAUUCUCAUUUCUUGUCUAUUUCAUAUAGAUGUCUUUCUUGUUCCACUAGCUAGGACCAAAUUCGAAGAUGUCUCUUUCCUUAUUACAACCUUCAUUUUUGAUGUCAAAGACCAGAAGCUAUGCGCAAAUUCUCAUUGGAUCUCGGUUGUUCUUAACAGCGAUGGCUAUUCAUUUAAGUCUUCGGGUAGCACCACUAGAUCUUCAACAAGGUGGAAAUUCUCGUAUUCUGUAUGUACAUGUUCCUGCGGCUCGGAUGAGUAUUCUUGUUUAUAUCGCUACGGCUAUCAACACUUUCUUCUUCCUAUUAACAAAACAUCCCCUUUUUCUUCGCUCUUCCGGAACCGGUACAGAAAUGGGUGCUUUUUUUACCUUGUUUACUUUAGUGACUGGGGGGUUUCGGGGAAGACCUAUGUGGGGCACCUUUUGGGUGUGGGAUGCUCGUUUAACCUCUGUAUUCAUCUCGUUCCUUAUUUACCUGGGUGCACUGCGUUUUCAAAAGCUUCCUGUCGAACCGGCUUCUAUUUCAAUCCGUCUUGGACCGAUCGAUAUACCAAUAAUCAAGUUUUCAGUCAACUGGUGGAAUACAUCGCAUCAACCUGGGAGCAUUAGCGGAUCUGGUACAUCAAUACAUGUUCCUAUGCCCAUUCCAAUCUUGUCUAACUUUGCUAACUUCCCCUUAGCAACCCGUAUCUUCUUCGUUUUGGAAACACGUCUUCCUAUUCCAUUUUUUCCCGAAUCUCCUUUCACGGAAGAAAUCUCAGCUUUUUAUGCUAAAAUGACAUCAGCAGGCUCAAAGAAUCCCACGGAGCGGUAAAGCCACCCCUUCCACUCCCCGUACCUAAUAGUUCAAAUCGUUCUGCUAGGGCACGCGUCCUACUCUCAGUUACCUCCUAAGUCAAGACCCUAUUAGGAAAAAACCACUCUUGGGCGUCUGCGAACCCUCUCGUUCGGCAACCUCAUCUUCGCUAGUUCUUUUUAUCCUCUCCUUUGCUGCCG